AUGGCCAUCGCGAAUGGCAACGGCCAACAUAACGCCAACGGUAGCACCAACGGCGCCCACCACCACCACAAUGUAGACACCGACUCCGCUCCGCUGAACAUCAUCAUCGUCGGCGCCGGUCUCGGUGGCCUGACUGCCGCCAUCUACCUGCGGCAACAAGGACAUAAAGUGACCGUCCUGGAGCAAUCCCGCUUCGCGUGCGAGCUGGGCGCGGCGGUGCACCUGGCGCCCAACAGCAACGGCGUGCUCAAGCGCAUCGGCAUCGACGCCGAGCGCGACUUCGGCGCCGUCGAGGCGCAGUUGCUGACCGAGUACGAGGCCGACGGCAACGUCAUCCGCUCGCUGCCCAUAGGCGAGAUGGGGGCAAUCUAUCAGCAUAAAUGGCUCCUGGUCUACCGCGUGCACCUGCACGAAGCGCUCAAGAAGCGCGCCACCGACGCCGAGGGCAAGGGCGUGCCCGUCGAGCUGCGCACGUCGAGCCGGGUCGUCGACGUCGACCCGGCGACCGCCGCCGUGACGCUGGAGAGCGGCGAGACGGUGCGGGGCGACCUGGUCGUCGGCGCUGACGGCGUCCACUCCAAAGCUCGUCCCAAGGUCCCCGGCGGCGAUGUCAGCGCGUCGCCGUCCAGCAAGAGCGCGUUCCGCUUCCUGGUGCCGCGCGAGGCGGCGCUGGCGGACCCGCGCUCGGCCAAGUUCGCCGCCAGAGACGGCGAGAUGCACAUCCUCUACGGCUCGGACCGCCGCGUCGUCAUCUACCCGUGCGUGAGCAACACGAUGCUGAAUUUCGUGUGCAUCCAUCCCAAGGAGGAGAGCGAUGCGUCCUCCGAUGACUGGAACAAGACGGGCAGGAAGAGCAAACUGCUCGAGGUGUUCGCCAAGUUCGACUCGGACCUCGUCGCUCUGCUGGACAAGGCCGAGGAGGACACACUCAAGGUCUGGGAGCUGCUCGACAUGGAGCCGCUGCCGACGUGGGUGAACGAGAAGCUCGCGCUGCUGGGCGACGCCGCGCACCCGUAUCUGCCGCACCAGGGCCAGGGCGCCGGUCAAGCCAUGGAGGAUGCGGCGGCUCUGGCUGUCGUCUUGCCCGAGGGCACCAAGCCGGAAGACGUCCCGCAGCGGCUCAAGCUGUACUUCGACUUCCGCUACGAGCGCUGCACCAAGAUCCAGCGCUUCUCGCAGCAAGCCGGGAGGGAUAUCCAGGACGAGCCGCUUGACAUGAGCGGCAACUCGGCGUACAACUUCACCCACGACGAAUGGGACAGCGCGUCGGACAAGUUCCGGCGGUGGCAGUGGGCGCAGAACCCCAACCUCUACUGGCGGCAGCCCAUCGUCUUCGGGCCCAUGCCGGGCCCGCGCCAGGACUUCUUCGGGCGGCCGCGCACGGCGACGCACAGCACGGCGACGACGGCGUCCAUCAAGUUCAAGACGUCGGCGACGGUGCUGCAGGGGCUGUUCCCCAACGCGCGGUUCCGCUUCGCCAAGCCGGGCACCGUCGCCCACGCCAGCUUCUCGCAGACGACGCUGAACAAGAUGGACUGGCUGGGCGGCGGGGGGUACCGCCACUUCGGCCUGUACAUCCACGGCGUCGAGUACACGAAGCUGGACGGCGGCACGGCGUCGGGCACGUACAUGCCGCUCCUGUUCGAGAGCCUGGCCGACCCCAUCGUCAGCGGCCGCGAGGAGCUCGGCAUGCCCAAGCUCUACUGCACCAUCGACGUGCACCGCCGCGCCCGCAGCUACCGGCUGCAGACGGGCUGGCAGGGCGCCACGUUCGGCGAGGUGGCGCUCGAGGGGCUCGAGGAGCAGGACCCGGCCGCGGAGAAGGGCACCAUCGGCGGCGAGGCCGACGACGGCAUCCUGGUGUACCGCUACAUGCCCGAGGUCGGGCGGCGCGGCAAGGCGGCGUCGGAGCACGCCGUCUUCGUGCCGCACGCCGAGGAGGCCAAGGUGGUGCCGACGACGGUGAAGCGCGUGUGGCGGGGGCGGACGGGGAGCGUCAAGUUCGACGCCUUGGAUUGGGACGCGCUGCCCACGCUGCACCACGUCAUCGCCAGGCUGGCCGAAGUGCCCGUGUUCGAGGUCGUCGGGGUGAAGGUGGUUGAGUCGGAGGGCGUGCCCGAUGUGUCGAGCGCGAGGCCUGUGGACGAGCUGGUCCAGAAGGUGUAG